AUGUCCGGUGGUAAGGAUCGCCGGUCGCGGGCAAGCAAAACGCAAGGAUGGGAGGAAGCCGGUGGCGAGUUCUACCAGGAGAGCUAUCCUGCCGAUCUGGAGGGUAUGCAACGCGAUCCUUCGAAGAUCGCGACCCUGCUACCAUCGAAGCAAACGCGAAAUGCUACGACACGACGCGUUCGCCCGGCACAAGGACAAGACACAAAAGGAGGCACACGGAGAAGAGCCAGCUUCUCAACCGUAGCCCGACGAGGCUCGCAAUACCACGAGAUGCAGGUGGCCACUCUGCCGGAUUUGUCAGAGAACCUCAUCAACGAGGAGCGAACAUGGGAGGAGAUACGCGAGAUCAAAUCGAUGCCGGUACCGAUGGCGCAGAAGCGAGAGAUGAAGGCCCACCUGCAGAACGCGACCAAGCUACGCCUGCAGGGCUUCGAACAGAUCAAAUGGCGCCGGCGGAAAGCGUGGCAAAGCUUUCGCUCGAAAUGGGGCGAGUACCAGACGAAGCUGGAGCUGUGGCGCAUGUCACUGAAGACGAUCGAGGGCCAUUUUGGGACGGGAGUUGUCGCGUACUUUCUCUUCCUGAGGUGGCUCGUCUUCCUGAACCUGCUGCUGUUCCUGCUGAUAUUCGCGUUUGUCGUGUUGCCACAUCUUGUGCUGCGGGAACCGAGUGACCUACCCUGUGAUAUAACGACGGAUCCAACGUCCGUCCAGUGCUGCUCUGAGGGCUAUGAGAACGUUACACACACCGCACAGUUCUCUGUGCUGGAUCUCAUUCAGGGGACAGGUUUUAUGGAGGGUACGCUGCUGUUCUACGGCAUGUACACAAAUCAGAUCUACGGAUACAGUCCGAUGGAGGACCGGGCUUACCAUGCGGCACGUCAACUUCGAGCGUCAGUGGCAGCAGCUAAUGGAUCUGGGACAAUCGUGGAUGCCGGUUUGCUGGAGGAGAUUGCGGAGAUGGGCGAAGAUCAGAGCACAGAACGGCAGACGAUAUUGUACUAUGAUCUACCGCUGGUGUACGUGAUCAUCAUCGCGAUCUACUACAUCAUUACGCUGAUCGCGAUCAUGCGUGCGGUUGUGCGCCAGUUCAAGGAUCGCAUCGCUGAGGGCGAAGGCCUGUUCUAUCAGUACUGCAACCUGGUGUUCGGUGGUUGGGACUUCUGCAUCCACAACCAGAAGUCGGCCGACAUCAAGCACAAGGCGCUGUACAACGAGAUCCGGUCGUUGCUCUACCAGAAGCGGCUUGAGCACGAGCGCAACAAUCGAUCGCGCGAGUUCAUGCUCAAGCUGAUCGCGAUCCGCAUGCUGAUCAAUCUGAUCGUGUUCGUUAUCCUGCUGCUGGCGGCCAUCACGAUCUACGUGCUGUUCAACGUGUCACUGGCUGAGCUCGAGCCGAACUUUACGCCCACACAUCCGGUGAGCUUUGGUGAAGGUGUUGGCAACAGGACGCUCUACAUGAGCUGGCCAUCGUCGUGGUCGGUAUUCUCCUCGGCAUCGCAACGUGGAGCCAUAUCCUUUGCGAGCACAAUCACUCCUCUACUGUCUCCGGCAAGCGAUGAUGGUGCGUCAGGUGGUGCUUUCAAUUCGACUGAUUCGUCGAUCGAUCGGCUAACGUUGGAAGAAAAGCUGCGUGUGUUGUUCUACGAGUUCCUGCCGUAUCUUGCGAUCGUGUGCAUGAAUCUCGUCGUUCCGCAGCUGUUUAACUAUCUGGUGAAAUACGAGAAGUAUUCCCCGCUGUUCGUGAUCAAGAUCAGCCUUUUCCGGACGGUGUUCUUGCGGUUGUCCUCACUGGCGGUGCUGCUCAGUCGGUUCUACUUCCUGAUCACGCCCAUGAACGUCACGCAAAAGCUGAUGCUGCUGAUAAAUGCAUCGACCGAGCUGGGAGUGGAACAGAUAUCAACAACUACGCUACCACCGUCAACAACUAGCGUUGUGACUGCCAGCAUUGCUACCAGCACCGUGGCUUACAACUUAUCGGAGGUAAACGGGUCGUUCGUAGCGAAUCUGACGACUACCACGCUAUCGGUGCUUGGAUCGAUGCUCCUCGAUCAGCAGCAAGAUCCUGUAGCACAAGCGCAGACAGGGCAACAACCACCAUUGCUACACCAGCGUCAACAGCAACAGCAGCAGCAGUGUUACGACGAGCAGAACGGUGCACCACAGUGCUGGGAAACGUUCGUUGGGCAGCAGUUCUACAAGCUGUUUAUCGUUGACUUCGCGACGCACUUUCUCGUGACGUUCUUUGUGAAUUUCCCGCGGGCGUUGUUUGCGCGCCAUUCGAGCUCGCGUUUAGCAAAGUUUAUCGGGGAGCAGGAGUUUGAACUCUCGAAGCACGUGCUCGAUGUGAUCUACUCGCAGACGCUCUGUUGGCUCGGCACGUUUUAUACACCGUUUCUACCUGCGAUCGCCGCUCUGCUCACGUUUCUGAUGUUCUACAUCAAGAAGUUUGCUUGUUUGGUCAACUCGAACCCCUCUACGAUCUUGUACCGGGCGUCACGAUCGAAGUCGCUGUUCAUGUCGACCCUGCUGAUCUCAUUCACGCUCGCCCUGGUGCCGGUGGUGUAUGCGCUCGCCGAGAUAGUGCCAUCACGCUCGUGUGGACCCUUCCGAGGACUACCAUCCGUGUGGGAUCGAGCCAUCGCUGCCUUCAUGAAGAUGCCGCUAUUUUUCCAAAACGUCAUAUUCUACUUCGGCACGGCGAGUUUCGCGAUACCGUGCUUUGUGGUGUUGACUUUCUUCAUCUACUAUUACUACGCGGUGUCAACCGCCAACAGGCACAUGGUUCAGGUGCUGAAGCAGCAGCUUGUACUCGAAGGACACGACAAGCAGUUUCUGCUUAGUCGGCUCAGUCUGUUCAUCAAGCAGCAACAGGAGUACCAGAAACGCAUGAUGCGUCAAGCUGCCGAACAGCAACACAUGCAGCAGCAGCAGCAGUACCAUCAGCAAUCUGCAACACCUUCCAACACCGCAAAUAAUGUGAUACAGCAGCCUGGUUCGUACCAGCAGCCACCGAUUGUACCACCGCCUCGGACCAACAGCCAGUCGCAGGCCGCAGAGCCUACGCCCGCGUUACCGCCACGUGCGGACCGCGAUUCGAAACCGAGUAGCCGCGAUAGGCCCAAGGAUCUUCCUCCACCGCCAACUUCGGGCGGUGGUUCAGGCUUGGUCAGCAAUUCUGUUGGUGGUGACAUGAAGUAGA